UAUAGUCCUCCACGAAUCCAUGGUCGCUGGAAAAGGGUGGAGAAACCAAGAGGGGGCGUCGCCGGAGUCGGAGUCGGAGACGUCACGGCGAGCUCCGCGGCGGCGAUGGAGAGCUCCCUGGGCGGCUGGCCGUCCUACAACCCGCAAAACUUCAGCCAGGUCGUCCCCGCCGACCCCUCCGCGCAGCCCUUGGUCGAAUGUCGUACCAGCCACUUACAUUGCAACACACAGGACGGAUCCACCUCCCGGUCAAGGCCAGGCCGAACCACCAAACAUCCUGGUUGCUUUCAGGCCUGUCCACUGAACUAUCUCCAGAUUUCAGUGAUAACAACAGACCCCAAGAACAUCCUGUUGAGGCAUUUUUAUCAAAAAUCCGAGGAAAAGUUGAGGCCAAAGAGAGCUGCACCAGACAACCUGACCCCACAGAACAACGGCAAACAACCAAGAGGCCCUCUCUCUGAUGGUGGUGGUAGCCAGGCAACUGCAAGUGGUAGAAGCUAAAACGCAGCUGUUGUUCUCUCCGGCAUCUCUUGUGCUGCUGAACUGACAGCAUGCAUGUCAUACUACCUGUAUGUAUGUGUGUGUGCUUGUUCAGGCAUAUGCUUACUAGUAGUGUCAUCAUCUCUCUUGUGUGAUUGAUCAAAAGAGCUCCCCAUGCAUGUACAUACACCCUCAUCCUCAGUGUCAGUGCGGCACCUUUGAUACGGAACUAGCACUAUUGCAGUCUUUUAUGCCGACACUAGCACAACUUGAUGAAACCAUUUUUCCCUACAUAAUUGCCUCAGCGUCAGCUUUCCAAAGGCUGAAAGUGAUCA